GAGAAAGUAAAGCUGUCACAGGUGGACCAUGCUUUCAAGACUUGUACGGUUGUGGAAGAUGUGUACAAGCUUGGUCUAUGUCUGUUUGUUGAAGGGGUUCUGAAUGCCAUUGAGGGAAAACUGCACAUUUGGCGAGAUAUUCUAAAAAUUGUUGAGAAUGUAGAGUACUUCUUCAGCUAUCCAUGGGGGAAGUACUCUUAUAGGAGGCUAUUGCAUUCUUGUAAGAAGGACAUGGUGAAGCAAAAGGCCAACUAUGAUGCCAAGAAGGAUGCCAAGGUGCAGCAAGAGUCCAAAUACAGUAUGUAUGGUUAUGCCCCCGCCUUACAGUACUGGGCAUAUGAGGCUAUCCAACAGCUUGCGGUGGAGCUUGUUGUGAGCUCGGGAAACAUGUUCCCGAGGAUGCUUAGCUGGUCGCAUCGGAAGAACAAGGAUUUCACCAAGUCCGUCAUCGCACCGAUAUUAUUGAAGAAGAAUUUAAUUGUUCUUCCGAUGUUGAAGCCUCGGCCAGCAGAAAAAGACUAUUACUUGUCUUUGACUGAGGGAGAUCUUCCCCUUUAUCCUGGGCUUGGCCAGGAUCCCUCGGAGACUGAUGAGGAGGAGGAUGCGACUUUUGAGAAAAUGGCAGAGAAAGUUUCUCAGGCUGCCGAGGCAGCCAAGAUAUUUGUUGAUGCUGCCCCGGGGGAGGAGGUUGCAGGUCCCACCCCUCCUAUUCCCCCAGCCUCAGCCUCAGCCCCAGCCUCAACCUGUGCCCCAACAUCAGCCCCAGCCUCAGCCCCAGCAUCAACCUGUGCCCCAACAUCAGCCCCAGCCUCAGUGUCAGCCCCAACACCAACCCCACCACCAGCCUCAGCCUCAGCCCCUGAGCUGGCCGACUUGAUUGAGCGGUUGGACAGAGUCGAGGGUCGACAGGAGACCCUCUUGAAGAACCAGUCAGUGAUCUUGGACGUACUCAGUCAGAUCCUGACAUUUGUUAAGGAGAAACCGAGGGGGUCCAAUGAAGAUUCAGAGUCAGAGUCAUUGGAUCUUCCGCUAGACUAUGUUGAUGAUCCAACGACGCCCCCUACCAUCAUUGUGACACCAGAUGCUGAGACUCCGGGAGUCGUUAUUGUCAACCCUGAGGAUGUUGCUGGGGUUCAGUUUCAGAGGGCUAGACACCAAAGACGCAAGCCAGAUUGGUUUGAGGACUAUACGGAUCCCACGAGGAAAAGACCUCGCACUGCUGCAGCUGCACCAGCAGACGAGGCUACACAAGAGGCUACACAUGUGCUGGACCCUCUCAAGAAGCCAGAUCCCAAACAGUAUAGGACAAUGUGCAAGUGGCUUCUUGGAGACAUGCCCAACAAGACCCCGCGGGAUGUAAAGACUGGGAGUCACGGUCCAGCAUGGUUUCUGACGUUGAAGACACCCCAGUCGUGGCUCAAUGAUGGGGUAAGCAAUUUAUACCUAAUUAUGGACUAUUUUCAAUUUUACAUGUUUUAUUUUUACUGACUCGAUGUGAGCUCGAUAGGAGUUCGAUAGUAGUUCGACAUGGAUGUUAAAAUAGGGGUUGUUCUUUACUAUUUCAGAGUGGCUCGAUGUGAGCUCGAUGGAGCUCGAUAGGUAGUUCGAUAGGGAUGUUAAAAUAGAUUGUUUUUUUACUGUUUUAGAGUGGCUCGAUGUGAGCUCGAUAUUAGUUCGAUAGGGAUGUUAAAAGCUCGAUGUGAGUUCGAUAUGAGUUCGAUAGUGAAAAUUCCCUUAACAAAGUGGCUCGAUGUGAGCUCGAUGGAGCUCGAUAGGGAGUUCGAUAGGGAUGUUAAAAUAGGUUGUCUUUACUAUUUCAUGAUGGCUCGAUGUGCGCUCGAUAGGUAGUUCGAUAGGGAUGUUAAAGUAGGUUAUUUUUACUGUUUCAUACUGGCUCGAUGUGAGCUCGAUAGGAGUUCGAUAGUAGUUCGACAUGGAUGUUAAAAUAGGGGUUGUUCUUUACUGUUUCAGAGUGGCUCGAUGUGAGCUCGAUGGAGCUCGAUA